AUGAAUAAUAUAAGAAAUGCCAACCCUGAAGUUUUACUUCAUACCCUGCAAGUUGUCAAAGAUGACCCAAAAUGGCAAGUCAAUGUUGGAAGGGAACAUGGAUACAUCAUUGAUGCUAUUAGAAGUGUCCAAGUCUUAGGACUGAAUGAGACACAAGUGAGGCAAAGUCUGACCUUCUCUCUGCAUAUCACUGGGAGUCUUCCUGUGACUUUAUGCUGGCUCAUUAAACCAGACUGUGUCCCACUAGAAGGAAAUGAAUGCCACCUGGUGGUGAUAAAUAGCACCUCUUACACUGUGAACCACACCUUCAAGGAUCCAGGAGAGUAUUGUCUCAGUGUCAGAGUUCAGAACGGCACCAACCAGAUCCCUCAGUAUUACCUGAUUAAAGUGUUGCCCUCUGGCAUCCACCCAGCUCUCUUUGCUUUGCCCUGUGUCUUUCUCAUCUCAGGAAUGCUGGGUUUCAUCAUAUAUGUGACCUACAGGCAUAGCACACAGCAGAAGGAUCUGGUGGAGGUGGCCGAUUUCGACUUUUCCCCUAUGUCUGACAAGAGCCUGGCUGGUUCUGAGCCUGAGAGAUGCUGUAUGAGGAGGCUGUGCUGUGUUCAUUACUUCCUUCCGCCACCUUCAAAUGAUCGUAAGACCAUCAGAGAGUCUCUUGAGUUGCUGCAUCCUUUCUAUAAGCCAGUUAAAAGUUACUCGGUGUGA